GCAACAUGGAUUCCAAAGGUGGAAACCCUUUCUUGAUGGACGACUAUGGUGUCGAGUCCAACGACAGAAAAGCUAGCCAACCGUCGAAUCCUUUCCUCCAGGACUUCGCUGAGACUGAAACAGCCGGAGGAGGGGAGAAUCCUUUCCUGAAUUUUGGAGCAGACCAAUCUUAUCAAUCAGCCAUUACAGUCGACUCGACGAAUCCUUUCGCUUCUUUCGCCACGGAGACCACUGCACCUAGCACUGGUUUCGAAGCUACUACUACCGACACUACGGCAUCUAACAUAUUCUCUGGUCAAUCCGCGAACAUUUUUCAGACCACUGUGAACGAGUCGAACACGAAUCUGUUCGACGCCGCGAUCUCUACUCAAGCGACUGACGAACUUUUCGGCCAAGAGUUGCAGUCUGCACCUCCGCCGUCGCCGGUGGUGCCUGUGACACCAGUUCAACCCAAGAAUGGCAAGACUGCACCGUCGAGGCCUCCUCCACCCAGACCUCAACCACCGGCACCUCCUAAAAAUACCAAAGACUUGAUCUUGUCGGUUACUGGAGCUAUGGAUGCUACUUCUAAUCAUCUGCUGGAUCGAUUACAGGCAACAAGAACACCCAGUCCAACGUUAAUGCACUCUCCAUCGCCAACUCCGGAACAUAGUUUCGCCGACUUCCUGGACGUGGAUUCGAACGUGCCAGACCUAAUGUCCGACGACAGCAAAGUAGCAGAGCCAUCAAAGAAUCGCGACAUCCUGGAUCUCCUUGACGCACCCAAUACAGAGACGACAACCACUACCAUCUUCUCCACAUCGAUAAACGCCGAAGACGCCACCAGUUUGGUAACAGGAGUAUCCUUGAUCAGUGCCACUGGCCAGGACAACCCAUUCGUCAGCAUUACAGAGCAAGACGCAUCUCCUAUUCAGGCUGAGGAUGCCUUUAAGUCAGAUUUUCCAGAAACUGCUUCUGUAACAAGUGAAAAGAGACCAUCUAUAGCUUCGACGACCGGGAUCGUUGGAAGUGACACGGAGAAGACUGGUAUUGAUUUAGAUUUCGCUGCGGAAUCCCCUGUUGUCUCAGAAACUAUGCAAUCAUCGACAGCUGGAGCUGAAUUAUUCGCUACCAGCGGCACUGAGCAAUUGUCCACGAUGACUACCGAGUCUGCGUUCUUUUCUGUUGCCGAUACGAUGUCUUCUGGACCAUUUGGUACCAUAGAUACCACGGCCUCGCAUUUCACGACACCCAUGCAAACGCCCGGCACACAACCUUUGUUCGCAAGCACGGAAAUGGACGCGUUAUCCGCUCAGUCCAAUGGACCAUUUGCUUCUGAUUUACUUGGUGAUUUCGAAGAACCUACGAAAGAUAUCAGUGGCAUGACAUCGACCAGUCCGACUCCGGGAGCUGAAUUUCCCAUCAACGAAGCGUAUAAGCCUGAAGAGCAAUUGGAUAACUUUGCAGCAACUACGAAAGUUAUAGAGGGUACUGGCGAUGCGUUUGAUAUUUUUGCUUCGAAGUUUGAUAAAGCUGCGGAGCAGGAAAGCAGCGCUGGAGAUCCUUUCUUGGAUGCCUUUGGCGGCGGCCCUACCGCCAUGGACACGUCUAGCGAUGUUUGGGGUGAUUCGUCUGCGACCGGGUCAGAGACAGCAGUGACUGGGUUUGGGGAAACUGAUGGGUUUGACUCGUUCCUGAGUAUGACUGCACCACCACCAGAGACAAAUGUAAAGAGAACCGACUCUGUAGAUUCGGAUGCGGGACCAGAUUUCAGUGUAUUCAUUAAACCAAAAGAGGAUGAUCAAGGUGGAGCAAUCGAAGGAGGAGCUGUCCCCGUGCUAGCGCCACCACCAAAGAGUCCGCAAAACACAGCUUACACAGAUACCUCGCCACGAUUCAAUCCCUUCGACAAAUCAGGAUUCGCGCAGGACGCUAUUCCCACUACGGAAGCUGCUCAACCUGCUGAAAUGACCAGGACAGAUUCUCAGGAAACCCCUCCGACUCCCCUAUUUGACGAAGACGUUAGCCAACCUUUGGAAGACUUCCCAAGAGUAACGUACACCGGUGACGGCUGGGACAUGCAUCUGCGCCAACCUAGCAAGAAAAAGAUAACCGGUCAACGAUUCUGGAAGAAGAUCUUCAUAAAACUGGUCUACCAAGGUGACAGUCCUGUACUCCAGUUGUUUAACAGCAGAGAAGACAAGGAUCCCUUCCAAGAAUUACCUCUAGUUCCUUCUUACUCGAUAUCCGAUAUCGGGGCACAGCAAUUUGACCAAUACGGGAAAAUAUUCACGGUGAAGCUGCAAUACAUUUUCUACAAGGAACGACCUGGCGUACGACCUGGCCAGGUGACAAAGGCGGAAAGGAUAACGAAUAAACUCAGUCAGUUCGCUGCGUACGCCAUUCAGGGUGAUUAUCAGGGGGUGAAAGAAUUUGGAAGCGAUCUAAGGAAGCUCGGUCUUCCCGUGGAACACGCGCCACAGAUUUCCCAGUUAUUCAAACUGGGUUCUCAACUCUACGAAGAUAUGAAGCAGUUUUCAUCCGCGAUCGAGGAAGCUCUGUUCAGAUUGCCGGCUCAUCGAGAUCGGGCGCUCAGUUAUAAAAUGGAAGACGUGCAGAUUACGGUCGUGGAUGAAUUGUACGUGGAACAGAACGCGCAAGGCCAGGUCGAGAAGCAAAUAGCGCGUGUUCGAUUGUUCUUCUUGGGCUUCCUCUCUGGAAUGCCUGACGUUGAAUUGGGAAUAAACGACAUGUGGCGCCAAGGGAAAGAGGUAGUAGGCAGACACGAUAUAAUUCCAGUGGUAACCGAAGAAUGGAUUCGUCUGGAGAACGUUGAGUUCCACUCCUGCGUUCAACAGGACGAAUACGAAAAAUCUAGAAUUAUAAAGUUCAAGCCACCGGAUGCAUGCUAUAUCGAACUUAUGAGGUUCCGAGUAAGGCCUCCUAAAAACAGAGAGCUUCCUCUCCAGCUUAAAGCCGUAAUGUGCGUUACCGGUAAUAAGGUAGAACUGAAGGCGGACAUUCUCGUGCCGGGAUUCGCGUCAAGAAAACUGGGCCAAGUGCCCUGUGAGGACGUGAUGGUACGUUUCCCCAUUCCAGAGUGCUGGAUCUACCUGUUCAGGGUGGAAAAACACUUCAGAUACGGAUCCGUCAAGUCAGCUCAUAGGAGAACAGGAAAGAUCAAGGGUAUCGAAAGAUUUCUCGGUGCUGUUGAUACUUUGGAACCUCAGCUGAUGGAGGUGACGUCCGGUCAAGCAAAAUACGAGCAUCAACAUCGUGCUAUCGUUUGGAGAAUGCCUAGGUUACCGAAAGAAGGCCAAGGAGCAUACACGACACACCAAUUGAUCUGUCGAAUGGCCCUAACUUCCUAUGAUCAGAUCCCCGAGAACCUAGCCGAGUACUGUUACGUGGAAUUCACUAUGCCAGCGACCCAAGUGUCUCACACGACGGCGAGGAGUGUUAGUUUUCAAAAUCACGACAGCGACACUCCACCAGAGAAAUACGUCAGGAAUUUGUCGCGACACGAGUACAGAGUUGGAAUCGAGCAUACGCAAGGAGAAGGUCCAGGCGCAUACGUAUCUGCGACCUACACACGAAAAAUUCCGGAAACAACGCCGGAGACGCAAGGAGAAGCUUCGGACGCUGGCGCGGAAUCAGAUUCCGAUUCCUCCGAUUAAAUCCAAAUCAGUCUUGCAUAAGGUAACCUGUAACACGUACGGAACUUAAGGAGAAUUACUUGUUAAUGCUAAGGUAUAUACAGAAAGCGAAACGAUGCCUGUGACUGGACGCGUGACGUUUCACGAUUUGCAGCUCGGAAUGAAUGGACAAUUUCCACGUGAGCAAGCGCAACACGUUAUUGGAGUAAUCGUGUAACCUAAGAAAAAGCAAUAGCGUAUGUGACGUGCUCUGAUAAAAAGUUAAGAUUCGAAAAAGUCGAUCUUGACCUUUUCAUAUUCUUUCACAGUUAGAAGUGUACUAUUUUUUUUAUUUUAUAUUAAUAAAAAUUGCAAAUUUUCAAGUGGUUUUAAUAACGAAGUAAUGAAAAUUAGCAAUUAUUUAUUACAUUUAUAAAAGUUACAAAUUAUCACCAAAUAAUUUUAAUAAUACGUUAUUCUCUUGUAUUUCUCCACUAUUAGCAAAAUUUUGAGUUUUAACCAAAUCUUUUGCACACAUGAUGAAGUGAUUGCACUUAGUACUAUCGCAUUGCAGAGUACAUAUUUUUAAUCGCGUUUAUUUCAAAAACUCGUUUCUAUACGUUAAUCUCUUUUUACCAAAGCAAGUCACAUAUGAACCAUGAUAACUUCGAACGCACAUCGAUACUAAGAGGAUAUAAUCAGGAUAAACGGUUCGCGUGGGUUAAAUCGUUAGUGGUCGCUGCGAUCCGUGAAACGUUAAACGUCGACGCGUGUUAAAUAUAACGCAUAA